CCACAGGCACAGAGAGGCAUCGUUGUCGUCAUCAUCAUCUGAGGGGCCUAGUGUCUGGAGCGAGUAAUUAUUUCGAGAUGCCUGGGGGUUCAGUGAUCUCAUUCAAUGCUGUGGAUUCUUCUCUGUCUGCUUUAAAAAACUGCCAGUCAUACAUAAACACCGGCAUGGAUAUUGCUAGUAACGUUGCUUUUGACCUUGUGGAAAAUCUCAAUGAUACAGAGGAGGUUAACACUAUGGAAAAUGUGAUGUUAGAAUAUGCCACAAUGGACAGACAACUAAACCAUUACAUGCAAGCAAUUGAAGCUACAGUAAAUCAGAUAAAGCAAGACAUUCCAGAAGUUGUACCAGAUCUAAAAGAGCUAGUAAAAGAAAAAUUUACUGCAUUGGAGAGCAGAAACAGUGACUCUGACCUGCAGAGACAUGAAAAAUAUAAACAUUUUAAGGAGCAACUUAAAGACAUGAGAAAACAGUUUGGUCUUCAGACAGAUGCUGAUGAGGCCAUUGAACAAAUUGAUGAAGAUAUUACAGUGACUCAAAGUCAGACGAAAUUUCUUUGUCCUAUCACACAGAUGGAAAUGAAGAGGCCAGUUCGAAAUAAAGUCUGUGGCCAUGCUUAUGAAGAAGAAGCCAUAUUAAAAAUUAUCCAAAGACGACAACAGAAAAAGAAAAAAGCACGAUGCCCUGAGAUUGGCUGUGUCCAUUCUGAUGUAAAAAGAUCAGAUCUUGUGCCAGAUGAAGCACUUAAAAGAAGGAUUGACAGCCAGAAUAAACAAAGCCGGUCAACACUGUAAAAAUCAGCUGGAUAUGCUGUUGCCACAAAGAAAAUUUGUUACUGGAGGUCUUGUGAGAUAAGCUGCUGCUUGUAAGCAGGUUGUGUAACUGAUUGUUAUUUAAAGUGUUUCAUUUGCAGGCAAAGUUGAAGGUCUCAGCUGUAACUGGAAGCAUUUUUUUAAACUGCCAACUAUAAGGCAUUUCAGUUUAACUUGCUUCCCCCUCUUCCCCAAGACUCUAAAAUCCUGCAUUUUGACAAUAAAAUGUUUUGCAAAAUCUAA